AUGAUGGGUGUUAGGAGCUUAGCGGCUGGUUUGUGGUUAUUCCACUGCUUGUUCGUCGUUUGUGCAAGUGAGUAUUGUGUUUGAUUUUGGAGCUGAAGCUAUUUUCUCUCUCGAAAUAGCGCUAAACUGUUGCUCGUAUUCUGCCGAAGCGAGAAACAGAAGUAAAGAUAUUAGUCCCACCUACAUCUGUGCCCUAAAUUAUUCGUGAUGUGGUAAUUCCGCAGUAAUAAUCUUCAGUGUGAUGCCUUGAUUUCUUUUCAUCCUCGUGCUACAGAAUGUGCGAUCUUUUCUGCGUCCCUCUUAAUUGUUAUUUUACGGAAGUCCAUGAGGGCCAGGACCUCUGUGGAAUUUGUUCUGAUGUUCAAGCGAACAAUUCCUAAACUGUUUAUGCGAAUAAGUUUUGAAAAAUUACUGCAAUACACGCGUAUUAAAGCUGAUUGGAAAAUUUGGUGUCAGCAUUUGUGGUUUAUUCUUUGUUUUUGCACAAUUUUCGACAAUUUUUCUUGUUUUGGUCUCGAUUUAAAACGAAUUAAGCGAUGUUCAUGAUCUGUAGAAUGUUGAUAUCAGUUCAACUGUUCAAACGUAACUGUUCCCCUUUUAACGUUUCAUAUUUCAGCGUAUCUUUUUAAAAUUUAUGCUUAAGCGCUGAUGUAUUUUGCAGGUCUGUUUACACUUGUAAGAAGCUCAACUGUAUUUGUGCUUAGGUAAUGGACCUCGCCAAGCAAUUCCAGUUGUUUGGCAUAGCUUUGGCGAAGUCGGCUAAUGUUUUUAUAAAACUUGAGGUAUUUUUUCGUUAAUUUCAUAGGAAGCAUUUUUGUACGAUGACGGUUUUCUUAAAACUAGAAAAUAAAAGUGUUUGCAAAGUCAACCUAUAAUCGAGCAAACUGCACAGAGUAAUGAAGUAUACUGAAACUUUCUCUGAUAGCAUCGAACCAAGUAUUUCAUUAAACUGGAAAAAAUUCUAACUAUGGGUUUGUUUAUGAGAUACAGAGUUUCAUUUCAGUUUUUUUGAAAGCUUCCUUGCCUUAUGUGUUAACUGCUUCGAUGAAAUACCUGGUGGUUGACCGAUCAAGAAAGAAAUGUUGCUACUUUCGAAGGUGUUAUUUCCACCUAAAUCAUUGCUCAGCGAUUUGUGCACCUUUGUUUUCCGGGGUAAAAUUCUCCUAUCUCGCUAUUUUCACCCGUGGCUGUGUUAUGAAACCAGAAACAAUGAAAACAUUGUUACUUUCGCAACGUUUCUAUAUUCGUGAAGCGCUUAUUAUUCAUUUCUGAUUUAACUAUCAGUGUUCUUUUCUGUGGCCAAUUGAAUCGGGCAAUAUGUUGACUAGUUUUCUGCUUUAUUUUGUCAUGAAAGUUUGACUAAAUUGAGAGCAGCGAUAAAACGUUUGUUGGCGACAGUUUUUUCAGCUAUUUAUUUCUUGAUGGGUGUACAGAGUUUGACUCUGUUCCCAGGAACGUUAAUAUGUUUGUAGCCCUCUAAAACGCUAUUGCAUGUAUACAAAAAUGAAAAACUUGUUUGAAUAUUUUUUCGCACAUGUUAUUUUUAUCAACAUCUGUUAAAAUCAAUUUUGACAGACGUUCUGAAGAUCAUUUUAAAGUGUUUGUGUAUUGAAUGUAUUCUUGCUCGAUAAGAUCUUUGACUCACCUGGAUGAACAAGAGAAAGCGAAGUUUUCACGCUGAGUAAUAUGAUCCAAUUGACGUUUGCAGUUAAUGUGUAGGUGUCAUAGUUGUUUUAUCUUUCUCUCCAUUAUUUACCUUUGCCUACUUAAAACCAUAACUUAAAGAAAAUGAAUAUUUGUUACCAAAGGAAUCAGUUUUACAUAUGGCCAAAGUGGAGUCAGCCUAAAAGUCACUCGUAUUGCAUUUUUCAUGAUUGAACAUGUCUUCUUGUUGUUGCUUGUUUCUGAAAUUACUGGUAACAGAUCUUUGUGCACAGGAAGCCUAGGUGGAUUAAAUUCAUCACAUACAUGUGUCAUCGAGGACAACAAUUACUGUAACCUUUGUUGUGGAAGUUUGUGUGAUGUAAACUGCUUUAGGUCAUGCAAUUUAUUUAGUUUUAAGAUACUUUCACUUUGCAAUUUCUCUUUGUAGUUAUGUAAUGUGCAUCUGCAUUAAUGGUAGUUAUUGCUAUUGAAAUGUUUGUUGUAAAGUUUCAAGAUUUCUUUUUUUCUUUUUUUUUUUUCAAAAUUUCUACAAAUGAACCAUAGAACAGAGGUAGACUCUAAUAUUGUAGGGAUUUCCUUGAAGGCAGGGUACCUUGUGAUUUGACAGGCUGUUAAGAUGACUUAAGCCUGCUGCUUUCCAAAUCUCAGACAGAAUUAAGUUCAAAUUACCUUUCCAUAUUUUCUUUAUACAUGUAUGUCUCCUGAAAAUUAAACAAUAAUUUACUUUUCUAUUAUAUACCUCAUUUACCAUUUUCAUCAUCAUCAGCCAAGAAGGGGUUUCAGCACAGAAUGCAUCACAAAAAGUAAUGUUGUGCUCAAAAGGCCUAGCAAUUUUACGAGUUAAUGUGCAAGUAACUGGCAAAAGGAGAGGGUUGAUCUCUCAAGAUUCAACCCAGCACACUUCUCCUUAAAAUUUUGAUUUGUGUUUGUACAGAAUGAUUAUAUAUGUACAUCUAAACACUGAUGACACUGUCUAAUGAAUGGUGAGCAGAUGUAAAGAUUUAAUAAGUUAAAGAUUACAAUUUGCAUAUGGAACUAAUUUACUUGUUGAUGGAUGCAUCAAAUUCAGUUUUAAUUAAUUAUGGAAAUGAUAACUUUGUGGCUACAGAGGCAUGGUACUUUCUGCUCCAAAAUACAGGAAAAUGCUUUUCUUUAACAGCAGAAUAUCAAAAGAGUAAUUUUUUUGUCUGAGUUCAACUGAGUUAUCCACAGCAAUUUUCACCAUAUUCUAUUCCAGCCUCUUUGGGACAAUUCGUAAUGCUUCUUAUAUAACUGGAAAUCCCAUGGCUGGGAAUUUCAACAUUUUCUUAUUCUGUGGUAUUAAGUUCUGAUAUUUUGUCAUUCUUUUCCUCUUCUUUGGCCUUACCACCAUUGUUGUUUGGUAUCAUUAGUUUUAUCAUUGUUGAUAAUCUGUUAAGUGUUGGACUAGGUUUAACUUGUGUUCACCACUUAACUUGAUUUCUACAUACAGUUUCUUUUGGCAUGUUUGAAGUUUUUGUCAGUAAUUGAAAAUGUUAUUGCCAGUUGGGUCUGACUCUAAGUUGCCAUGUAACUGUUAGUUUAUAUGUUGAAGGUUCAAAAUUUUCCUUGGUUUUAAUUUAAUCCACCAGUUUGAAUUGUGCCAGAAGUGGAAUGAUAUUCUCUCAGGUAAUCCAAAACCAAAAAAAAACAAGGUGAAAAUAAUGCAAAAUUUCAGAAAAAAAAUGGAACAAGAACCCUAGAAGGAAUUAAAUCCAACAUGUACUUGAAGUGUAUUUUGUUUGUUUUUUCUUUUAAGUUAAGUUAAGGAAUCCUCCCACUUGAAUGAUAGGGUUACGUUGUAUGUUUAGAGAGAGUUUUGCAUUAAGGUGGACAACAGAACAAUUUUGCUCUUCACUCGAUAGUGAGUAUCUAAGCUUAUUUGAUUUUUGGUUCUAUCAGUUGACCGCGAAUUCCCUGGUAAUGCUUACCUCAAGUACGACGCCAACAAGAAGCCAAUCAACUCUGAGGAAGACAUCUUGACUCUUCAGUUUAAGACAGUUGAACCCUCUGGACUGUUGUUCCAUACCCAAAUGGGUGGUGGUAGUAGUGGAGACUAUGUCACAGUUGAGCUCUAUGGUGGAAGUUUAAGGUAUGUAGCUGUGAAAAGGGAUUGUCAGACAAUAUUAACUGAUGGUAUUAUUACAAUGUGCAGUGAAGAUGGCAAGCUUUUAUAUAGUCUGCUGCAUGCAAGGAGCUUAUUGAUAACAAUAAGGCAUUAUAUGAUAAAAAAGGCAAAGUGUUGUUAACAGCGACAUUAUUCAUGCCUCUGUCCUCCAGUAGAUUAUUGGAACCUAUCCAAGUGUACAUAAAAUUCAACUUAUUGUAUAAUUUUGUUCACUUUUUUGGUAUGUUUUUGUUCACAGGUACAGUGUACGGCUUGGUGGAAGUAAUGAUGGCAAAGAAUUGUUACUGGGCCAAGAUCUUAACGAUGGAAAACCUCAUACUGUAGAAGUGGUACACAAGGAAACUGUCAUAAAUGUUACGCUAGACACUAAAACAUCACAAGAGAAGAGGGGUAAAAUUACCACCAAUUAUAAAAAGCUUGAGGUAGAUGUUGGCAUCUAUGUUGGAGGAGCACCUAAUUUCCAAAGCCUCCAAGGGGUCAAAGCACAGUUUUACUUUGUGGGUUGUCUUACUGAUGUGAAGUUUCGGAUCGAGACAGUUACACCUCCACGUGAAAUACAAUUCCUCAAGGAGGGUGUUGUUGAAAGCGUGAAAGUUGAUAUGAAAAAGGGGUGCUCAACAGUAGCCUUUCAGCCAUACACUUUUUCAAAAUCAGACUCUGCAUUUAUUUGUACAAUUGACAAGAAGACUGAUGUCACUGGAAGCUUUAAGUUCCGAACAUAUCAGAAGUUUGGAACUCUCCUUAAGCAAGGUGAUGAACAGAAUGGUUUCACCAUAAAGUUUGGAGGAAGUGGUAUUACUUUGAGUUUGUUUGUCAAGGGCACAGCGACUGAAGUGACCCUUUCCACUAAUGUUAAUGAGGCAAAGGUUGACACUGGGAACUGGAUUACUAUUGAAUUUUUUGUCUCUGCCACCAACAUCAGGUUGGAAGGUAACAAUAAAUUACCAGUCACAAAAACUCCAACUGAAGCUGUGGGGAAUAAUUUCUUCCACUCUGAUGUAACAGCUGGUGGUUUCAUUGGCUGUAUGCGAGACCUUAAAAUCAAUAAUAACGACUUUAAGCCAGUCAAGGGAGUUGACAUUGUCAAAAAUGUGGAAUUUGACAAAUGUAACAUCACUGAUCUUUGUGUCUUUGUCCCCUGCUUGAACUAUGCAAAAUGCACAACUGAUGGAAAGGAGCUGACUUGUAAUUGCCCAGGCACUGGCUACAAAGGAGAAGUGUGCCAGUGGGGUAAGUACUUGUAGACUGUUGAUUGUAUAACAAUCUAAUGGUAAGAUGAGAUGGUGUGGUUAUGGUGUACUUAAACACCACACCACAUCUUAUCUAGCAACAAAGUUCUGUUAAACCCUUGGACCUCUAAGAGUGACUAACAUCUGAUUUCUCUAUGCAAAAUUAUCACUACUUGGAGAAGCUUUUGAUUGUUACACUAAGUCUCCUUGUCAGCACCUUAGGAAAUGUAUAGAGGACAGUAGGGAGAAGAUGAAUAUUGAUGUUUGGGUGUUAAGGGUUUCAGUCAUGGUUAUGAUGUAUGUCCAUAAAUUAGAGAAUUUUUCUUUCAUUUUUGGUAUGGGUUUUCGGACAGAGGCUUUGCUCUUUUGUUUGUCACUACCAAAUAUUUGUUAAGAAUGUAUGGCAAAUUGUCAGAGUGUAAAAUGCCGAAGCUCAUUAGUUACUUUGCUAGACUUAAGCUGGGACAUUGUCUUUUGUUCUUGGAUAUGACAUUUAACUCUCCCCACCCAAGGAUGUUCAUUCAAUCCUGUAUGUCCCAAGAUCCAAAUAGCAUUUCUCCUUACUGGCUGCCAUACAUUUUCUUGUGAAUCACACAAUGGAAUUUGGUGUUAUGGCAACAGAACACCCCUCUGGCUGACUGUAACUAGUCUGUUCUCAUUGCUUGCUGGCAGUAUGACAUAUUGGAAUUGUAAGGAGAAGUUACAAGUUAAUCGCUUUUGGGGGUUAGAGGUUUAAAUGAUUACUUGCUGACUGUCAGGGGAACUUGACUGAACGCUGUUUUGAUGCUGUGAUUUACACAACACUGAUAAGCUGUUAUUGGAUGUGGAUGAGCAUGACAUCAUGAAUUACUAAUGCAGAGGUCUGAGUUAUUAUCUGCCUUUGCUGAAGGCUGAGGCUGGUAACACAGACAAGAGGUUUGAUAAUUUUUGAUAUCAUCUGAAAACUAAAUAUUUGUUUUCUCAUACAUUCUUUAAGUGAUCUUCAAAAAUAGACACUUCUCUGAGUUUGCAAAAGUUUGACGACAUGGGCACAGACAAGGGGCUGGGAAACUAAGCAGACUUUGUAAUACCAAACCCAAUAUCUGUUGUGGAUAUUGGGUUAUCUAGUCAACUUUACAUGCUAAUGUCUAUAGACUGUAUGCUCUUGAUCAAUAAGGGUUUUCAUAAGAAGUCUAAUGUGUAGUAAGGGAACUAGUAGAUUACUGACUUUGAGUAUGUGAAACUUGUAGAGUAACCUUCUGUAGCUUCCUGUAUACAAUGUACUGUAUAGAUAUUUUUACCUUUGUUUCGACUAAAUUUAUUAUGCAUAUGUUCUCCCCACAGCUGAGUAUGCGGAAAAUUGUGAGGCUCAUAGAAGGCGACUCAUUAAUCUAGGUGGAAAUCCCACUGAUAGUUCAUAUACAGUUGAUGUGGAUGGGCCAGGUCCAUUGGUGUCUGUAAGGCUGUUCUGUAACAUGACAGCCAAUCCAGCAAUCACAGUAAUCAAAACUGACAAAGCAGGGGGGAAGAUUAUCACCACUGGUGAUAAAGGCACUCCAACCCAGCCUUAUACUGAAGACAUAAAGUAUGUUCCUUAUUUAAAAACAGCAAAAGCCUUGGCUAGGAAUAGUGAAGCAUGCAAGCAGUACAUUGACUUUGGAUGCAAAGGUGCUAGACUCCUCAAUGCUGGUGGGAAAGACAAAACAGGCUAUUGGGUUGCUAGUAAUGGACUUUACAAGUAUUACUGGGGAGGUGCCCCACCCAGUAUGGAAUCCUGUGCUUGUGGAGUGAAUAAGACUUGUUCAGACAAAAGUAAGAUGUGCAAUUGUGAUGCAAGAGACAAUGUUUGGAGGAGAGAUCAUGGGUGGUUAACUUCUACAUCUGACCUGCCUGUAACACAAGUGGUUUUUUCUGAUGUGAAGGAAGGAGAGGCAAAUUUUUCUGUUGGGGAUCUAUACUGCACAGGUGAGAUGUGAAUCUUUUUAGAUGUGUAUUCACUGUAAAUAAACCUACUAUUCCAAAUUAACACAUAGCUUCCAAACCCCAGCCUAAACAGUACCACUAGCUUAUAGAGCAGUUGUAACUUUGACUAGUGAGUGCAUAGUAUUUUCUGGGGGAAAGGGGAUGUUGAAGCUUCUAAUUGAAUGGCACUGUAGUCUUUCAAACAUUUCACAUCUUUGUUGUUAUUUUUGUGAAGGAAAAACCCAAAAUACAGCAACAAUCAUUCAUGCAGAUGGUGUGAUAAAGCUUGAUAAGUGGUCCCCACCUUCUCAUGGGGUCAUCUCUCUGUUGUUUAAAACACCUUAUGCCAAGGGAACAAUACUGUACAAUGGCGAUAACACCAAAGAUUAUUUCCAGUUGGAAAUUGUCAAUGAAACCAGCAUCAGGCUGAACUACAAUAUCGGCAAUGGAGUUGAGAAAAUAGAAUUGUCUCUGGGAAAUGACAAGAAACUAAAUGAUCGUGAGUGGCACACAGUAACUGUUUAUCACAACAUGUUACAAUUUGGACUGAAGUUGGAUGAAGAAGAAAAAGAGAAAAAGAACCCUGUGCUCUUAGAGAAAGACUUAAACAUAGAUGAUAAGCUCAAUAUUGGAACAAACCCCAGAGAUGUUACAGCAGGAUUUGUGGGCUGCAUUCGUAGACUGGUAAGCAAUUACUGUAACAAAAAUACCUGUAUCUUUCACUUUAUCAACUUUGCUACUCUUCCAGGUUAUCACUUUUAGAGACUUAGUUGGUUGUCUCCUAUUAGUUAACACUGAUAAUGGCUUGUAGCAGCUUUUGAGGAGUUUACAUUUCUCAGCAUUUGCACUUUGGAGGAGACAGCUUUUCGAAUUUACUUUGGCGGUGUACUCACCUUAACCUUAACCUCCCAGAUCAAAUUUGUAAUUCUUCCAGUACUGUUAACCAUACAAUUCUUAUAAUGUUACUUCAGAGAAUUCAGUAUUAGAUCAACUAAUUAUCCCCAAAGUGAUCUUUUCUUUAUUCUCAUCACUUAUCUGCUUGAUAUUGUAUUGAUAUUGUUGGGAGAAAUUUUGUCUUGGUCACUAAUGGGAGUUAAAGGGUUAACUCUGUACAACCUUGCAUUGGUAUUCAUAUUCUCUACAGUGUUCUCUCUACAUUUCCCAUGGUACUGACAAGAGAGUUUAUCUAGUAAUCAGUAGCUUCUUAAAUUGGUGAUCAUUUCCUUCAUUCUCAUGACUUUCUAAUUGAUUGAAGGAUGAUAUUGUGAGGAGAACUUAGAGGCUAGAUCAGAACCAGAAUUUUUCAGUACUUAAGUUACAUGUACAUGCACAACUAACAGAAUAAGGGAUUUUGUCAUUUUCUGUGCAGCAAAACCUGUAAUCAGUAAGCAUCCAGGGACCUUGUGUGCGAUUCUCUUAUGGUAGACCAUUGCUCUUAUUGUUAGUCUGUCUUUUUCUUACAGAAAAUAAGGGGGGAAAUGUCAGGAGCUUGCUAUGUACAUAGGCCCUGAUAAACAAUUCUGCUUGUUUUCAUUUUCAUAAGCAACCAAUUUCAAACUUUGGAUUUCUAGAAUUUUAGAUCGCAAGUACAAGAUUUCUAUUGCAUGGCAGUUGAGUAGGACCUUGUGUUCAUUGAUUCAUCAUGCGAUGGAAGUCUCGAACUCCUAAUCUAAUUGUUUUGUAUAAAUCUACCAAGCUUUAUGAAAAAGUAAGGUGAAGAUAAGCUCACAAAUGUAUGCUUAAAUUGAUUCAAAUUUUCAAAGAAUCAGUUCACCUUAUGCCCUACUCCCUUAACUCCUCAUAUAUCUCAAAAUAGAUAGCAAGUAGCAUAGCCAAUCAGAUUGCAGUGUUAUAGAGUGCUUGUAGGUUGGUGCUACAUGUAAAUUAGGUUCAUAUGUGAUAAGUUUAGCAACUUUGGAAUCUUUGUGAGUGUAAAAAGUUGAUGAAUUUUGGGGCUUAUGCUGAAAUGUAAACAGUUGUAUUCAAAGGUGUAGUAUUAUGAACCUGGUAGUUAUAGUUGAAUUUCAAGGAAAUCAACACUCCUCUUCAGGGCAUUGUUAUUUUUUUCACAGACCAUUAAUGGUGAAUUGAUCGACUUGGAGGGAUUAGCAAACUCCAAAGAAUUCAGCUACGUGAAAGGUGGUUGUGGUGCAGCAUGUGACAAUGAUCAUUGCAAACUUGGCAGUAAAUGUGUGGAUAACUAUAAUGUAUAUAAAUGUGACUGCAGUUUAACUCCUUUCUAUGGAUACUUCUGUUCUCUGGGUGAGUCUGUGUUACACGUAAAUCAGUAAGUUAAGGUAGUUUCCUUGAGAAGAGUAGUGUCCAGCCUUUUUUUUGCUUAUGUUAUUCUUCCCUGGUUUUGUAAUCAUUGCAAAGCUUCUUUCAGCCACCUCUCCUGUCAGCAACCGUUUCUUUUCAGCCACCUCUCCUGUCAGCCACCUCCCCUUUCAGCCACCUCUCUUUUCAGCCACCUCUCUUUUCAGCCACCUCUCUUUUCAACAACCUCUCCUUUCAGUCAUGUCUCCUUUCAGCCACCUCCCUUUUCAGCCACCUCUCCUUUCAGCCACCUAUCCCAUCAGCCACCUCCCCUUUCAGCCACCUCUCUUUUCAGCCACCUCUCCUUUCAGCAACCGUUCCUUUUAGCCACUUCUCUUUUCAGCCACCUCUCCUUUUAGCCACCUCUCCUGUCAGCCACCUAUCCCAUCAGCCACCUCUCUUUUCAGCCACUUCUCCUUUCAACCACCUCUCCUUUCAGUCAUGUCUCCUUUUAGCCACCUCUCCUUUCAGCCACCUCUCCUUUCAGCCACCUCCCUUUUCAGCCACCUCUCCUUUCAGCCACCUCUCCCUUCAGCCACCUCCCCUUUCAGCCACCUCUCUUUUCAGCCACCUCUCUUUUCAGCCACCUCUCUUUUCAGCCACCUCUCCUUUCAGCCACCUCUCCUUUCAGCCAUGUCUCCUUUUAGCCACCUCUCCUGUCAGCCACCUUUUCUUUUCAGCCACCUCUCCUUUCAGCCACCUCUCCUUUCAGCCACCUCUCCUGUCAGCCACCUCUCCUGUCAGCCACCUCUCCCAUCAGCCACCUCCCCUUUCAGCCACCUCUCCUUUCAGCCACCUCUCUUUUCAGCCACCUCUCCUUUCAGCCAUGUCUCCUUUCAGCCACCUCUCCUGUCAGCCACCUUUUCUUUUCAGCCACCUUUCCUUCCAGCCACCACCCUUUUCAGCCGCCUCUCUUUUCAGCCUUCUCUCCUUUCAGCCCCCCUUUCCUGUCAGCCACCUCUCCUUUCAGCAACCUCUCCUUUCAGCCAUGUCUCCUUUUAGCCACCUCUCCUGUCUGCCACCUUUUCUUUUUAGCUAGCUCUCCUUUCAGCCACCUCUCCUGUCAGCCACCUUUUCUUUUCAGCCACCUCUCCCUUCAGCCACUUCUCCUUUCAGCCAGCUCUCCUUUCAGCCACCUCUCCUGUCAGCCACCUUUUCUUUUCAGCCACCUCUCCCUUCAGCCACUUCUCCUUUCAGCCAGCUCUCCUUUCAGCCACUUCUCCUGUCAGCCACCUUUUCUUUUCAGCCACCUGUCCUUUCAGAUUUAAAUGUUGGGUCAGGGGAAAGGUACUUCAUUUUGACAGCAUCUUUAUCCCCUUCAGUAAACAAACCUUUUUCCAUCCAUGAGUACCAGGGACCAGCAAUAGAUCAGUAUUCAAUCCAGGAAAGGGAAGGGGUGUGACAUUAGUCCUUGCCUAAUGCUAUCUUCAGGGUUCUUUGUCAGCUGACAAACCAGUUCCUUUGAUUUUCACUCCUCUGUCUCUUCUUACAGUACAACACAUUGAAUAAUGUUAUAAACUGAAAGGUAAUAAUCAGACCAGAUGUUCUUCCCUGAGGAUUAAUUUUAUACUUUACUUAAAUUUUGCCUUUAUUUUGCUUGUCAUAACCUUGCAAACCAACUGGUACAUUGCUUUACAUGUAUAGAAUGUGUAAAGUAGAAUUCUAAGUCCUUAAAUGUCCAAAUAUUUGGAUAGUUAACAUGCUCCCAGAGCUUUCCCUCCCCUCCCCUCCCCCCUUUCCUGGUGUUGGUACCCGAAUUUGAGACACACUCUUUGUGGGCCUCGCCAUACACACACACACACACACACACCCCCCCCCCCCUUCCUAGUAAAACGUUCACCACAUAGGUUUUGCUAUGCUUUUUGUUGUUACAAGCAAUGUCUUUUCCUGCUGUUGUGUUUAGAUUAUGGCGCAUCGUUUGCUGAACAAGAAAGCGAGAUAACAUACACCUACCCUACCCCUGAGAAUGUCCCCGGCGUAGACAUAGUUCUUGGCUUCAAAGCGAAUUCCAAAGACAAAUGCGGAGGGGACUUACUUAAGAUCACCAGUAAGGGCACUCAAGAUUUCUUUCUGUUUUCAAUCAACUCGAAAAAGAAUCUCGUGUUUUCCUUCAAAUCCACGUUGGGUGAUGGUGAAUUUGAUAUAAGCCCCUCCAAAAACGAUGACUUCUGUGAUGGAAAUAGACACACGUUUUCAUUUGUUCGCCGAAACGAGAAACUUAAUUUCACCGUUGAUGAAAAGGACAUAAAGAGGGAAAAAAUGACCGGUUAAAAAACCCUUUCUCCCGUAUGGAGAAGAUUAUCGUUGGAAAGCAAGGUGAUACUGGUUUUAAGGGCUGCCUCACGGGUGUCAAAGUGACGCCGUUUAGUUUUGACAAGUCGCAUCCAACAAUAAGUCCCAUCAAGGAUUAUGUUUACGAUGGGAAAACCAAGAAUUACAAGGCCUCUGGUAUCAGUGGAGAUAGUAAAGAGAAGUGUGGCGAGGAGCCGGAGGUGCCUGAAAACCCACCCACCCCGCGAGAUCCGGGCAGUUCCGGUGGCUCUGUCCAGUCAACAAAUCCUUAUGACCCGACUUCUGGAAGACGUACUGAUGAUGACAACAAGACAGCCAUCAUAGUGAUCGUAGUGCUCAUCUUGGUGCUGCUGUUGGUGGUUUUAUUGAUUGUUAUAUACUGGUACUGGGCAAGACAUAAGGGGGAGUAUCACACGCACGAAGACGACGAAGAGCUCAAAAGCACGGAUCCGUACAUUGACAUGACCACCACCCGGAAACCCAUGGAGGAGGACGUGGAAAAGAAGAAAGAGUGGUUCAUCUAAAGGUGGUCUACAUUGUUUAGACGAGUUUCUAUUUCAGUCUACAGCAAUCAUUCAUGUCUUUAGUCGGCGGUGGAGCGCUGAAGAAUCGUGCCAAUCAGUGCUGUGCAUGACUGAUCUUUUAGCUAAGUAAACCAUUUCUAAUUUCCAUGUAAAUCACGCUAGAUUUCAUCAGUUCAUAGAUGAUCUUCUCCCUUAACGUGAGAUAAACUCGCACGAGGGGUUUUGUAUUUGGUACUCCGUGAACACCACUCGCAUACUUUGCGUGUGGCCUAGAAUUAAUGGCAUCUGAACUACUUUAAUCGAAGAUUUUUUUUACAGCAUGAAGUGAAAGUUGUUGUUUGUUUUCGAGGCGAGUUGAUGAGCAUAAUCUGUUUUAUUGGCAGUAUAUUUUACUAUUUUAUUGAAUCAUAAAACUUGAUGUAUUGAAUUUUUUAGGUGUUAUUUGCCAUAUGCAAUUGUCUAGCAUAGAGAAAGCUAUUAUAACUUCCAGCCUUUGCCUUUCUGGGUGACAUUAUUCCAUCGAGACACCAUAAUGUAAAAGAGUUUGUACCCAAGGCAUUCGCGGUUUUGGAGUAGUUUGUCCAAUUUCCGGCUCAGGGCUCAGGCAGAAAACCACGUUGCAUUGCAUCAUUAUAAAUUUACGAUUUUUUUCGUGAGACUUAAAAUUUUCAAAAUGGACUCGCGCUUGAGCAAAUUGUCGCUCCAAAAGAGUAGUGUAAGAAAUGUGUGAUUGAUCGAGCUUUUAUCGGUUUCAUUUAAUCGAAGUAUGUUUCUGUU